AUUGGAAUGAAUCAGCAUAUCCACUUGGGUAAUGCACUUUAUGAACGAUAUGUAACACAGGAAAAAUUUCUUGGAAAGUCGUUGAACUAUUGGGAGAUGUACAUUCGAUCAACUGAUGUCAAUCGAACACUAAUCUCUGCCUACUCAAAUUUAAUUGGUAUGUACUACGGCCGAACAGAGGCUGAACCAAACAAAAAUUAUCCUAAUAAUACGCGAUGGCCUGGGCAACUGGUGCCUUUUCCAGUUCACAGCGUAGCUAGAGAUACAGAUUAUGCCGGUGAUCCGCUAGCUCCGAAUUGUCCAAGACUUUAUUGGUUGCUGGAUAAAUCGAAGGAAACACCUGAAUAUAUCAAACUCCGCAACGAUAGUCAGAAAUUCCUCGAUUGGCUUACAGAAGUGUGCGGUGAGGAGGUGGACUUGAUACGAUUGUGGGACAUACGUGAUGCUACAUUCAUUGAGGUACACUGA